CGGCCGCCUGUUCAGAAUCAGUAGUUUACCACGCGCGACCGACGAUAGAUAUCGCUGUCCGACCGUUCGUCUGUCCGUCGAGCAGUGUGCACAACGCGGCCGUCCGCGAGCCGAUAAUUGUUUUCCAUAGUAUACACUUAUAGAAAUAAAUAAAUAAAUAUUUAGAAUUGUUUAAGGUUUGAUAAUAGUAUUAUAUUAUUAUAACAUAUUAUAUUGAGUGGCGGCCGUACGAAGUGAUCGUCCGUUGCGACACACACACACACAUACGUCGUUAGAGUGUUUUCGCGUGUGCCGCCGCGGCCGUGCUAGUAAUAAUUUUUAGUUUUUUUUUCGUCGUCGACCGUGUAUGCUGCGUUUGUAUACCAACAUAUUAUUAUACAUAUAUCGUGGGGCGUAUACGUGCGUUCGGCUUGUGUGUAUGAAGUAACGAUAUUAUAGUCGUCUUGGUUAUUAUUAUUUUUUUUUUUUUUGUCAAUAAAAAAACAAUAAAAUAUUUUUUAUUUUGUUUUAUUACAAAAUAAUCGUGUCGCAAGUUUUGAGUGGUGCGGCGUCCGCGUCGGAUUGUCGCGGUGUUUUAUUAUUAUCAACGCAGACUGUGGUGGCGGCGGCGGAUGUGACCGGCGUCGGCCGCUUGACGACCCGCCACGGACAACAUGGACGACGACGACGAUUACAGCAAGACAUGCGGUCCCGUGCUGGUGGUGGACACGACGGGCGGUGGCCGCCGGCGUCGGCUGGAAGAGAUUUUCGCGCCGCCGCCGUUGAGCGUAAAGUCCAGGGAGAUGGACAACCUGCUCGAACUCGACGAGUCGGCCGAUAGCGGCGACGGCGACGACCAGCAGACGCGGCCGCAACAAGAAGCCGGCAGCCGUGACGAGAACACCAAGGAGUCGGCCGCUGCGGACGACGACAACGUCCGAACCGCCAAAGUCGUCGAGCUGGCGUUAAGUCCGCUGGUGCAAGCGGUAGUUGUGGCGGAGGUGGCGCAGAGCAAAGCCGCGGCCGACCUGGUCAACGACAUCAACACGAGGUUUUCCAACGAUUACGCCCAGACCGUCGGCGGCGGCGACAGUUCGACCACGGCCACGCGCAAAGUUUCCGUGCGCGAUCUGUUCGCCCCGCUGACCGUCAAGUCAAAGGAGAUGCACGACUUGCACGAGCGAGACGCCUGCGAAGAAGACCGCCGUCGAGAUCAAGAGGACGAUGGCGGCGACCAACGGCGGACGUCCGCGGGAAACUUGCAGACGCCGGAAGAAGACGAGCGGCGAACGCCGACAAAAGACGACAGCAGAGCGUCGACGCCGGCGGUGGCGGCUACGAACAAAAGCGAUGACGGUUCGACUUCAACUUCGACUCCGGCGGCCGCCGACGGUGACGCGUCCGAAGCACCGGCGGUCAACGGCGGCUACAGCCGGAAAGGUCCCAAACCUGCGCCGAUAACGGACAACGCACCCGUGGUGCCGGUGGACGACACCGGCACGCCGCUAAUACGGUUGAGGAGCAAAAAGUCCAUAAUGGAGUCGCGGUUCGGACUGCAUUCGGUGGUGCGAACGUGGGACGACGUGUGGAAGUCGACGGCUUGGGCAAAACUGGCACCGGAGAAACUCAAGCGGUCGCCAAAGCUGGCCGCGGCCAACGACGCCAAGUCUUCGUUGGUGACGGCCAACGGGCAGAUCGCCGUCGACACGUUGAAGAAGAGCCGGUUUAAAGUGGUACAGAUCGAAGACUCGGCGGCCGCCGGCGGUGGCAGCACGGACAGCGGAGGCGGCGACGGCGGUGGUAGCAGCAGCAGCAGCGAGGCCGGCGCGGCGCUGCCCAUGAUUGAGAGCAACCUCAACGAGCUGACCAUGGUCGAGUCGGAGCUGAAGAAACUGGAGCGCGAGCACCACCACCAGCGCCGCGAGCUGCCCGCCGGCGAAACCGAACAGACGGGCGGCAGCGGCGGCGACGACGGCCACGACGACGGCGAGAACAACAAAGUCGGUUCCCGUGCCGCCGAGACGCACUCCAAGAGGCUGGGUUGGCUCAAGGCGGCGUUCCGCAGACGCAGCAGCAAGUCCAAGCCGGCCGACACCGGCGCGACGGUGUCUUCCAACCCGCAAGUGACGCAACAGAAGCAGCGGCCACGCGGUACCGCAGGAAGUCGGGCCGCCGCCGCCAGACAACAACAACAGCAGCAAAGGAGACGCCGCAGUGCGGGCGGCGCGAGCGGCAGACAAACUGGCGACGGUACGGCCGCUGGAGCGGUGCCUUCGGCCGCGGCGUCUUCUGUCGGCACCCGGGGCGGCAGCACGCGGGCCUCGUCCCGGAGCAGCCGGUCCGGCGGAGUCGCUGACGACUCGCCCGGUGGCGGCGGCAGCAGUGGACACCAUCACUCGUCGUCGUCGCAGUCGCAGCACUCGUCGUCGUCGCAAUCGCAGCACAUCGGCAAGUACAAGCUGCUCAAGACCAUCGGCAAGGGCAAUUUCGCCAAAGUGAAACUGGCCAAGCACGUGCCGACCGGCAAAGAGGUAGCAAUCAAGAUCAUCGACAAGACGCAGCUGUUGCCGGGCAGUCUACAAAAGCUGUUCCGCGAAGUCCGCAUCAUGAAGAUGCUCGAUCAUCCCAACAUCGUCAAGCUGUUGCAGGUGAUCGAGACCGAGAAGACCCUGUAUCUGGUGAUGGAGUACGCCAGCGGUGGUGAAGUUUUCGAUUACCUGGUGUUGCACGGGCGCAUGCGCGAAAAAGAAGCACGGGCCAAGUUCCGGCAGAUCGUAUCGGCCGUCCAGUACUGUCAUCAGAAACGUAUCAUUCAUCGGGACCUUAAGGCCGAGAAUUUGCUGUUGGACGCUGAGAUGAACAUCAAGAUAGCUGAUUUCGGGUUCAGCAAUGAGUUCACCCCCGGCGGCAAACUGUACACGUUUUGCGGCAGCCCCCCCUACGCGGCCCCGGAGCUGUUUCAAGGCAAACGGUACGACGGACCCGAAGUGGACGUUUGGUCUCUGGGCGUUAUCCUGUACACGCUGGUCAGCGGAUCUUUGCCGUUCGACGGGUCCACGUUGCGAGAGCUCCGGGAGCGUGUGCUCCGUGGCAAGUAUCGCAUACCUUUCUACAUGUCCACCGACUGCGAGAACCUGCUUAAAAAGUUCCUCGUGCUCAACCCUCUGAAGCGCGCUUCCCUCGAAGUAAUCAUGAAGGACAAGUGGAUGAACCUAGGAUACGACGGCGAAGGCGGUGAGGGUGAACUCAAGCCGUACAUAGAGCCCGCUGUUAGUGGCGAUCCAACUAAACGUGCUGGAAGCUACUCAGUGUGCCGUAUCAUAGAAAACUUGGUGGCGAUGGGCUACAGUCGGCCCGACAUCGAGGACAGUAUAGCACAGGCCAAAUACGACGACAUAUUCGCCACCUAUUUGUUGUUAUCGCGUUGCAAUAACUCCGACCCCGAUAAUGGUGACACUGGACCAGCCGUGGGAAGCAGCUGUUCGUCGUUGAACAAUACCGGAAGUGUCGGUACUUCACCAGGCCACCGCGCAGGCGGCGGUGGAGCCGUACAUAGAUCAGCUUCUGCCGCCAAACCGGCCACUGCCCGGAGAGCAUCGUCGGCUGCGACAGCGGCUUCAGUGUCCGAGAGCCAUCAGACCGCUACCACCAACAAUGGCGGCACCAGCAGCAAAACAAAAUUCUUAGGCACCAACACAGCAACGACCGGCGCCAGCAAUCAUAAUACGGGCACGAGCGCGUUUAAGAGGCAGAACACGAUCGACGCCGCCACUAUCAAGGAAAACCACCACCGGCUGCAGCAGCAACAGCAGCAAAAUAGACUACCGUCAGCCGUACCAACGGCAGUCACAGAUACCAUAGGCAAGCAAAGGCCGUCGGCUGUAGCUGCAGCGGCAACAGUGGGUAGACGCAGCACCAUUAGCUACGAUGUAGGAGGAGUUACAUCCGGAGGAGCGGUUUCUGCCAUUCCUACGAGCAGCAACGGUGGAGGUGGCGGUGAUAUGUCCACCGCCAGCGGCCACCACCACCACGGCAAAUCGGCCAGUGGAGGCGGCGUUAUAGUUACGAUUCAGGCGGAUGAUCCCGCCUCUGCUGUUAGGAGGGGCGUUACGCCGCCGACCACGGUGAACAGCGGCAACGCCAGGCAACAGCCGUUCCCGCGAAACGUGCCCAGUCGACAGACGUUCCACUCGGGCCAGACCCGGCACAGGGGCUACAGCAGCGGCGGGGGAGGUGCCGACGAAUCGCCACAGUCGCAGCCGCGGACCACCAGCAAUACGCCCUCGUCGUUUUUCUCAAAAAUAUCGUCGAAAUUCGUCAAACGGCCGACGACGAUGGACAAACCACAAAGCGGCGUCACGACCUCCACCACGUCCACAGGCGGCGGUGGCAGUAACACUAGCUCUAGUAGUAGUAGUAACAACAACGCCGUCGACAACCAUCACCAUCACCAUCAUCACCAUCACAACCAUAGCGGCGGCGGCGGUGACGACAACAAGCAACCGCGGUCGUUGCGGUUUACUUGGAGCAUGAAGACGACGUCGGCCAGGUGCCCGUCCGAAAUAAUGGCCGAAAUCCGCGAGGUGCUCGACGCCAACAACUGCGACUACGAACAGCGCGACAGGUUCCUUUUGCUGUGCGUGCACGGCGAUCCCGGCGGCGGCGGCGGCGGUGGCGGUGCCGGCGGCGAUGGCGACCCUUCGUCGUCGCUCGUCCAAUGGGAGAUCGAGGUGUGCAAGUUACCGCGGUUGUCCCUGAACGGCGUCCGGUUCAAGCGCAUCUCUGGCACGUCCAUCGGUUUCAAGAACAUCGCGUCGAAAAUCGCCAACGACCUGAAGUUGUAACCGGAAAACGGCGGCCCAGCGCGGACAACAUCGACCAUCGACGACAACAUCAUAGCCGUCGAGGACGAUUUUUAAAAUUUACACACCACCACCACUACAACAACAACAACAACAAAAAAAAAAACGAACGCAGCGGUAUAUUUAAUAUUAUUUUGAUGUAUAAAAAAAAAACAAACAAUAAUAAUUAAUAAUUUAAUUGUUACGGAGCGGCGAUAUUAUUAUUAUUAAAUUUCGAUUUUAAAAUAUAAUAUUUAUAUAUAUAAAUAUGUAUAUAUAAUUACUAUAUCUGUAUGUAUAAUAUAUAUAUAUUUACAUAUAUAUAUAUAUAGAAAUACGACAGGCCACCGCCCGCGGCCGAGGCGGCGGCGAUAAUUUGAUUUGAUAUUAUUUUGUUAUAGCGAAAAAGAAUAUAUAUAAUAUAAUUUUAAAAAAAAAAGGUAAAAAAUAACCGCGGACGCGAUUCAGCUAAACAAUUUUUUUUUUUUAAUUAAAUGAAAAAAAAUUUUUACAUUUGUAUAAAAAAAGUUGUUACUAUGAUUACAUUACUACUACAAUUAUUAUACUACUACUACUACUACUACUACUACUACUAUUGCUACUACUACUACUGCUACAACUGCUAUGUUGAUGUAAAAUAUUACAUUUUUUAUCGAUGAAAAUUGUAUGUUUUAUUUACAUUAUUUUUUUCCAACAACGGAUGACCUUGUUUUCCUUACCCCCUUGUACGCAUUGCUGCCACACCAUCGACCCCGAUUUGUUACAAUUUUUUUUUUGCUCUUUCCCCCUCCCCCUUACCACCCCUCAUUAUUAUAAUUAUUAUUAAAUUAAGUACGUAAUGAAUUUUGUACAGCCGACGCCUUCGAGAUAAUAUAAUAAUAAUUAUUAUACUAUUAUAAUAGCGAUGAUGUGUUUUUAUUAUUAUUUUUUUUUUUUUUUAAAUAUAAAGUUAUUAAUAAUAAUAAUAAAAAAAAAAUAUAUUGAGUUUUUAAAACAUGUGAAUUUCCCAAACACACGCAUACACACACUCGAGCGCGCUACACAGUAAUUUUUUUUUUUUUUAAGUAUAAAUUUUUACAUAAUAUGUGUACGUGAUGUUGAUUAUGAUGAUGAUGAUGAGUUAUUAUAAUUGUAAAUUUUUACUGGAAAUAUAUAACCCUAUUCUAUUAUUA